AUGGGCAGUAACCGCCGCAAUGUCGAUGUUCUUGUCAUCGGCGCUGGUCCGACCGGUCUGGGAGCCGCGAAGAGACUCAGUCACUUGGGUCACCCGUCCUGGCUUGUCGUGGACUCAAGCUCGGUGCCUGGAGGUCUCGCGUCGAUCGAUGUGACCGCUGAGGGCUUCCUCUUCGACGUCGGCGGACACGUGAUAUUCUCCCACUACAAGUACUUUGACGACGCGCUACACGAAGCGCUGCCCCGAUCUGACGACUGGUUCGAGCACCAGCGGGUAUCCUACGUACGAUUCAACAGAGAUUGGGUUCCCUACCCGUUUCAAAAUAACAUCGCGGUGCUUCCCAAGGAGGAGAAGGCCAGGUGCAUGGAGAGCCUGAUUGACGCAGCGCUCGACGCACGAACUCGCUCCCCGGCCGACAAGCCCAAGAACUUUGACGAAUGGAACGUCCGAAACGUCGGAGAGAGGCUCACGGAGAUCUUCAUGCGCCCCUAUAACUUCAAAGUCUGGGCUAUUCCUACAAGCAAGAUGAACGCUUCUUGGCUUGGAGAACGUGUUGCCGCGCCUGAUGUAAAGCUGCUGGCGCGAAAUGUCAUACUGAACAAGGUAGCAGGAAACUGGGGUCCCAACGCAACCUUUCGCUUCCCUGCGCACGGCGGCACUGGGGGGAUCUGGGCUGCCGUCGCCAGAAUGUUGCCGCCUCACAACACACGAUUCGGCGAGCACAGUGGCGUGACAAAGAUCGACAGUGAUGCCAACGUGGUGCACCUCAAGGAUGGAACCGUCCACUACCGCAGGCUUGUUUCCACCAUGGCACUUGACUCACUCGCGGAGAUUAUGUGUGACCAAAAGCUUGAAGCCAUCUGCAAGCCGCUUUUCUGCUCCUCGACUAAUGUCAUUGGUCUGUACUUUGUGGAGGACAGCUGUCCGUUUUACCGCGCGACAAUCUUUUCCAACUAUUCGCCGUUCAAUCAACCAGACGAAGAUGUCAAACUCCCCACGCUCCAGCUGGCGAACGGCCAAAAGGCCAAAUCUCCGAUGGAGCAGCUUCACUUUUGCUCAAUGGCGCAACACGGCCCGUACUGGUCCAUCAUGCUCGAGGUGUCCGGGUCAGUAUACAAGCCUGUCAACCACGAGACACUGCUGCAAGACUGCAUCACAGGUCUGGUUGCAAACGACCUCGUACUACCGGAGGAUGAGAUUGUGAGCACUUACCUCCGACGUUUCGACCACGGCUAUCCGACUCCGAGCCUGGAACGCGACGGCUUAUUGGAACAAGCCCUGCCAUAUCUGCAGACCAAGGACAUACUCUCUCGCGGCCGCUUUGGGGCCUGGAAGUACGAGGUUGGAAACCAGGACCACAGGCGUUGA